CCUCUGGGAACGUGGAUUAUUCACGAAAUAUACAGCAAAUGCGAGGGAUUUGAUUUCAGCUACAAGAAUGUUACUUAAAGUGUAAUCAAGAGUUUUCAGUGGGAUCUUGUUAACGCAGAAUGAUGUGCGACGUGAUGCCUACUAUAGCCGAAGACGGGUCCUCGGAGCGUGACUCCCAGUAUUCUGGGGAAGACGCAAACUUUGAGCAAUUGAUGGUGAACAUGUUGGACGAGAGAGACAAGCUAAUGGAGACUUUACGAGAAAACCAAGACCAGCUUUCGAUGGCGCAGGGGAAGUUGAGAGAGGUUGAAAGGGAAAGGGACGCAUACCAGAAGCAACUGCAAUCUAACACCCCGCAGGAAUAUGCUAGCCUUACCAAAGAAUUGAGCCAAAUGCGCGAAAACCUACUUGAGAAAGAAGAAGAAAUCUCAGAACUCAAAGCAGAAAGGAAUAACACAAGGCUCCUCUUAGAACAUUUAGAGUGCUUGGUCUCUCGGCACGAGCGGUCACUUAGGAUGACGGUGGUCAAACGCCAGGCCUCCUCUCCCGCUGGGGUUUCCAGCGAAGUGGAAGUUUUGAAAGCCCUCAAGUCUUUGUUUGAACAUCACAAGGCUUUAGAUGAAAAGGUUCGAGAGAGAUUGAAGGUUGCCAUGGACCGAGUGUCCCAGUUAGAAGAGGAGUUAGCCACAGCCAAUCAGGAGCUAUUUACGUUGCGAGAACAGCAGGCCAAAUCGCGGCACUCCAGCGGAGAGGAAAUAAAAGCUGUCAAAAUGGGAUCUGAGAAUAACAAAGAUGGCGACAACAAGGAGGCGUACCCUAAGAGAUUAUCCAAUGGUUCGAUAGAUCCAGACUCCGAAAUAAAUAGAGUAAUAGAACUACAAGAGACAGUUGAAAAACAGAACAGUGAAUUAACAAUAACGAGAAAUAAAUUGUUAGAAAUAUCUAAUAAACUGAAAGAAGUUGAAGCUACUUUAGCACAGACUCAAAAGGAUCUAAUUAAAUCUCAAGAGGCCAAUGUGAAACUACAGCGAGAUUUACGGGAGUCCCAUGCCCAAAGAGAGGACCAGGAAGAAAGAAUAGCUACAUUAGAAAAGCGAUACCUCAAUGCACAGCGAGAAUCGACCUCAGUCCAAGAUCUGAACGAUAAAUUAGAGUCCGAAUUGGCUUCCAAAGAAGCCAGUUGGAAACAGAGUGAAGAAAAAUGUCGCCAGCUACAAGAGCGUGUGGAACUUGCAGAACAAAAACUUCAACAAUCAUUGCGAAAAGCAGAGGUGGUACCCACCAUAGAGGCCGAAUUAGCACAAAGAAUAGAAGCAUUGUCCCAGGCUGAGCAAAAGCAUGGGUCUAUAGAAGAAAGACUGAAGCAUUUAGAAAAUCAAAUUGAAGAAAAGAACUCAGAAAUACAAAGGGCUAGGCAGCGGGAAAAGAUGAACGAAGAGCAUAAUGCCAGAUUAUCUGCAACUGUCGAUAAACUAUUGUCUGAGUCCAAUGAGAGGCUACAGUUGCAUCUAAAAGAAAGAAUGCAAGCUCUAGAAGAAAAAAAUCAGCUUACUCAGGAACUAGACAGGGUUAGACGAUUAUAUGAAGAAGCACAAUUAGAAAAGGAGGCAAUAUUAGAAGAAUUAGACAGGAUUAAAAGAGAGUUACUAGUAUACAAGCAAAGGGUAGAAGAAAUUACCAGGCUCGGUGUGACAGGGAAUUACCCACUCACUCCCAAUGUAGUCAUCAACAACGCCACCACUGGAGAAUCAUCAACAGACGAUGUCGUCAGACGGCAACAGAAAGGUCGACAGGAAUCAGUGGAGGAAGAUCCUUCUAAAGUGCAAAACCCUGGCCACCUUGAGGAGCCUAACUAUAGAGAGCGGGUGAAUACUCUGAAUGAACAAGAAUGGGAGAAGCUGCAGCAGGCCCAUGUCAUUGCCAAUGUCCAGCAAGCAUUUGAUGUCAGUGACACGGAGGUGACAGACGACGGGGAGUCGAUAUUUGGUGCUGUUGACAUGCUGUCGCCGUCGGGCCAUACAGACGCACAGACACUGGCGCUGAUGUUGCAGGAACAGCUUGAUGCUAUCAAUAAUGAAAUUAGGUUAAUACAAGAAGAAAAAGAGACCACCGAGCAGAGAGCAGAAGAGAUAGAAAGUCGAGUUGGCAGCGGCAGCCUGGACAUCAGCAGUCGCACGUGGAAAGCUGGCGUUUCAUUCGAUCGAGACCGAGCAUCACCUCCGGUUAGUGGCAGGUCUACACCUACUUCUUCGCGGCCCAGCGUGCAGAAAUAUCACAUGGCCCCCGCCAGUAUGUCUGCCCAGCACAUGUACGCUCACUCCGCCUCCACACCUAACAUUGGCCUGGUCUCGGAACCUCCGCCUAAGCCCUCCCCUCCUUACAGCCAAGAUGAUACUUGCCUGAAGGAAGAGAACAGACCCAUCAAGUGUGAAUCUAGUCCGCCUACGGCCAGGUCGCUAAGGCUGGAGAGAGUGGCAGCAGCCCUGGCGCAGAGCAGCGAAGAAUUAAGGUAUAAAAUGGAGGACGCAAAGGCAGUUGGGGCGUCUUUGGAUGGCAGCGGGUCCCACAGCACCCCUAGUCCACAGAGUAGCACCAACAGUAGUCAAGACUCCCUUCACAAACAGCCCAAGAAGAAGGGACUCAAAGGCUCUUUAGGACGAUUUUUCGGUAGCAAAAAAGAAAAGCUAAAGAGCAAGGAAAGUCUACACAGGGAUCUUAUGAUGCCUGCAGACAUGACAGCUUCACCUAAAAUGAAGAAGAGUGAAUAUGUUGGGAGAAAUACAUGUGAAACAUUGCAAAUAACAGGAGCAGGAGAAAGUGAUCUAACUGGUGCUGAUGCUAUAGGAUUAAAAUCAGAAUUUGACAGAAGGAAAAAGAAAAAAGAGGAGCUUUUAGAAGAAGCUAUGAAGGAUAGAACACCUUUUGCAUUAUGGAAUGGACCAACAGUUGUAGCUUGGCUUGAGCUGUGGGUAGGCAUGCCAGCCUGGUAUGUCGCCGCCUGCCGUGCCAACGUGAAGAGUGGGGCCAUCAUGUCUGCUCUAUCUGACCAGGAGAUACAACGAGAAAUAGGGAUCAGUAACCCUCUCCACCGGCUAAAACUUAGGCUGGCCAUUCAGGAAAUGGUCAGCUUGACCAGUCCAUCUGCUCCCAAGACUACCAGGACUCCUCUAGCUUUUGGGGACAUGAACCACGAGUGGAUAGGCAAUGAGUGGCUGCCGUCGCUGGGUCUACCUCAGUACAGGAGUACUUUCAUGGAGUGUCUGGUGGACGCCCGCAUGCUGGACCAUCUCACCAAAAAGGACUUGAGGGGCCAGCUGAAAAUGGUGGACAGCUUUCAUAGGACAAGUUUGCAAUAUGGUAUUAACUGUUUAAAGAGAUUAAAUUAUGACAGAAAAGAAUUAGAAAGGCGGAGAGAAGAAAGUGCCACAGAGAACAAAGAUGUACUAGUAUGGUCCAAUGAACGUGUCAUAAGAUGGGUGCAAUCUAUAGGACUUAAAGAACACGCUAAUAACUUAUUGGAGUCUGGUGUCCACGGUUCCCUUAUAGCAUUAGAUGAAAGUUUUGAUCAUAACAGUAUCGCAUUAGCCCUGCAAAUUCCCACACAAAUCACACAGGCAAGACAGACCUUGGACAGGGAAUUCCACAACUUACUAGCAAUAGGAACAGAUAGAAGAUUGGAUGAGUUGGGUACUCGUAAGCACCAAGUGGUGACCACCCCUUGAGCAGCAGUGGCUCUACCUGUAGGCACAAGUACCUUCCUCGUUCAAUGUCUUCAUCGAUGUGCAUGCAUCCCAUUGUGCAAAUUGAAUACAUGUUGAUUUUUUUUUACGAUUCUUUGCUCCUCCGAAGUUCUAAAAUACGUAGAUGUUGUUAGUUGGUUCCUGAAUGAAAUAAUUUUGAAAAAGACAAUUUAAAGCUAGGAGCUAAUACAAAUUUUUAGUGGAGUUCAAGAUUCAAGAUUUCUGCUUGGUUGGAUGUUUGGAAACUGUAUUAUGAUUUGACUAUGAAGGAUGUCCUUCACUGUGUGAUGCCCUUUUGUGAUUUAUUGGAGCAAAGAAUAGUGAAAGUGUAAUAUAUUCAUUUUGACAUGAUGUGUAAAUGUCAGGCAUACUACUUUCUCUGCAAUUUAUCAAUAUUAUUCAUCAUGAAGGCGAUAUUAAUAUUUCAGAUCACUUUAUCCCACUUUAAUUCCAUUAUAUUUAUGGCUGCAUAUAUGUAUAUGUACGUGGUGUACUACUGACUGCUAUGAAAAAUUCUAUGCCCACUGCAAGGUGUUGAUAAUUCUCCAUGUCAACUGACCUAAUUGCUGGUCUAUAGACAGCAAUUUCACUGUAUCAGUUGUAGAUUCAGUGCAGUACUGCUACAUUUUACAGUCACAUG